AUGAGCAAGGAGCUAGUCAAGGAAGCGAGCAAGGAGCUAGUCAAGGAAGCGAGCGAGGAGCUACUGGAGAAAGCGAGUGAGGACCAAGAGAAGGAAGCGAGCAAGGAGCUAGAGAAGGACAUGAGCAAGGAGCUAGUGAAGGAAGUGGGCAAGGAGCUAGUGAAGCUGAGUGGUCACAUUUCCAUACGGGCGGGUCCUUCGGAAGCGCAGCAGUCACAGCAGAAAGCUCCUUCUCUGCUCUUCAGACUCAAAAUGGCCGUCUGCUUUUGA